CUGUGGAGCUGCGACGGAACCACACGCAAGUGCAACUCGCACUCGGAGACUACAGCCUUGUCUGAUGGGAUCUUUUCGAUGAAACUUGUAUUUUUUUGGGAGAGGGUGGGUGGUAAUUAAUAUCAUUAUUAUUAUUUUUUUUUGUGUGUUCUACUAAAUAAAUGGGACAACACAGAUCGCGAGAACUUGAAUCGCUCCGGUUCAGUUUUUCCAACUUUGUGUAGACCCUUCGAUCUGCCUCAGUCCGAGCGCAGCAGCAGCAGAGGAGUGGGAGGCUGGAUGUGGCAGGAAACAGGUCACUGAUCUGCAGCGAGCCGGGUGCGACUUUCCCAAUAGCCCUUAACUGUCCAAUGUCACCGGACAGGAUGAUGAUCAUUGGACUUCUGCUCAAUGUCUUCUUUCAUGGUAAUGUGCCAGUAUCUGCAUCCUUAGACUGUCUGAUGGCGGAGCAGCGCUGCAUCCAGGAGCAGUCCUGCAAGGUCACCUAUCGACUGCUGGAGUACUGUGCGUCUGAGGAGGCUGUGUCGCCCCUCAGUUCAGACGCUCGUCUGGAGUGCUUGGAGGCCCAGAACUCCUUGCAGCAUUAUCGCCCCCUUCAAGUUUGCAAGUGUCAGCGAGGUUCUCGCAGGGAGGAGCACUGCCUCAGGGUCUACUGGACUGUGAGAUUUGCAGCAUAUGAUGAAUAUGAAGUGUCUCCGUAUGAAGAACUGGAGCUAAAUCUAGUGAGAAACAUAGAGCUGUCACGUAUGGCCUCCAUAAUGUCAGCUUCCUCUCUUUCUGUGGACGGCCAAAACCAGUGUCUGAAGGCCGCUCAGGACUGCGGCCUGUUUGAGAAAUGUGGCUCCCUGCGAUCAGAAUAUGUUGUGGCCUGUACCAAGCCUGCAACAGUGUCUGACAACAGCUGUAACCGCCAGAAAUGCCAUAAAGCCCUGAGGCGCUUCCUGGAGCGUGUGCCAGAGGAGUACAGCUUUGCUUUGCUCUUCUGUCCGUGCUCCGACACCCUAUGUGGGGAGCGUCGGAGGAAAACCAUUGUCCCGUCAUGUUCUUAUGAGGAGAGUACGAGAGGGGAGGACAGAGUAGGGAAGCCCAACUGCUUCAGCCUACAGAUCUAUUGCUCCAAAGAUGAGCUGUGUAGAUCCCGUUUUGCUGAUUUCCAACACAACUGCCAGCCCUCCCCUCUGUCCGCCUCUGGUUGUAUGCGAGAGAGCAGAGCCAUGUGCUUAAAGGCCUAUGCUGGACUCAUAGGAACCAUCAUGACUCCCAACUAUGUGAGCAAUAGCACUACAGAGGUGUCCCAGUGGUGCACAUGUGACGGCAGUGGGAACGAAUGGCAAGGCUGUCAGCGCAUCCUGCAGAUGUUCACCAACAACUUAUGUCUGCGCACUGCCAUCAGCUCCAUGGGAAUCUCCGCACCUCCUCCUGUGGAAAACACUCCCGUACCAGCUUCCCAGCCCUCUCCACGCAUCUACCAGGAGAGGGUCCAUGUCAGAGUUAACACUCUCCCUGAAUUCAACAGUAUGGAGGACAGUGAAGAAGAUGAACAGGAAGAGGAGGAGGAAGCAAGCGAGGACUUCAAUGUCAUGCCGCCGUAUUCUGAAAAGGACUCUAAUGUUGAAUCGGGUGCUCGAGGGAGUCAGCGGGGAGCAGCCGACCAAGCAGUACCCGUGUUACCAUUGCUGCUGCUGUUGCCUGCAGUCAUCCUUGACUGGGAGUGACUGGAGCAACUGAAGACUCUUAUCUCCUACUUUGCUUAUAUUUUACUCUUGCUACCACUGUCAAGUCCAUUUCACCAAAAAUGAAUCACACAGGAGAGUUGUGAAAAAUCACUGUAAAUGCUUACAACAUUUCUUUUUGUUUCCUUGAUUCUUUUUUCUGUUUGCUUUUUUUAAAUGUCCUGUCUUUGUUUUUUAUAAUUCCCCGUUUCCUCUGGGGCUUCCUCAAGCUAUCAGCAGUCCUGCAGUAUCCACCAUGUCUUUACUUCAGUCGUCUCCUGUGAAAGGAAGGGAACAACGUGAGCAGAUACACGAAGUGCUUGGGUGGAUUGAGAAGUGCUGUCUGGGCAAAUACUCUAUCUAGAGCCUGCUUCAAACUCAAAGUGCAUUCCCUCUUUCAACAAGAAGCACAUUGCCUUAGGCCACAUACACUGGACGUGCUCCAAAAACCAUAACUAGUCUAUUUCACUGCAACCAGGCACGAGCACAGCUUUUGAUUUCUAUUUCAUGACUCAUGUCACAUCCGUUUCUGUGCUACCCCUUCGACUUUUCCUCUCCCUCCCUCAUAUGGUGGUUGAUUAAGAUAAUUCACUGUGCAACAAGCUAAUAUGAAUGUGCCCCAUCACUUAAGCUGCUUUGUAUCACUGAAAAAACGCUUUGCAAAAUUGCUUAAUUUACAGAACGAUAAGAUGUAAACUAAUGGUGUGUGUGUGUGUUGCAUAAAGUAUACCUCUUCUCACUUCGUGCACCGGAGCACCAUGAAACAGACACCAAGUCAAACAGUGACUGUGCUGUUGUUCUUUUGUUAACACGCUUAACACUUAGAAUAAUUCCUACAUCAGUGAGUGGCUGAGUGAAUUCAACCACUGGCAAAAGUAAUGAGAUCAAAUUUUACUGUAGAAAUGACGAGUAGAGAAAAGCAACAUAAGCAAUUACAGCACAAUUCAAAUUGCUCAGCAUGCAGGGGAAGUCUGGAGUAAGGCUCAGGGGAGGAAAAAGCCAAUUUACUGCUGUCAUACCCUCUCACUUUUUUUUAUCCUCAGGAGAUGUGGUUUUAGUGCUCCUUCCCCAUCAUGUACUUUAGAUGUUGUGAGAGCGAGAUGCAGCGAUAGGGACACAGGAGGCUGUAAAGCCUGCUGGCUGCUCUGAUCAUUGAGCAGCACAUUGAGCCAUUCUCUCUGCCUGAAAUAUCUUUUGCUGAUGUUAAUGAUUUUUUUCUCAUAUGGCUCAUUUUCCUGUGAAAUUAGGCCGCUGUUGGCCUGUAGGUAAAGAAAAAGUAGAGAGAGAAGUUUUGGACAAACUCGUCUAAUCUGAUGAUGAGUUUGCAAGAAAUAACCCGUCUGAGUUGUGCAAGGAAAACUUCUAGUUUCUUUUCUAUUCUUUUCGAUUCUGUCAAUUUAUUGCAGCUAUACGUUCAUGUUUUAAAAUCAUUUUAUGUAACUACAGUAAUUUCAGUGAUGACUGACUUACAACUGCGGUCCGCUCUAAAAAUAUCAGCAUUGAAAUAGUCCAAUUAUGUGUCGCAAAAAACUUUGUGUGUUUGAAUAUAACUAUUUUCAACUUUUUAUUUUUUUAUUUUUGCCCCCCACUAAUGGAUUUGUGCCCCUGAUGGUUUAUUAAAAUAACAUUGGAUACAGAUUCACAAUACACAGGCAGAAAAUGCACUGAAAGCAUGUCAGCCCUGAGUGGAAGUCUAUUCUGCUUCAAAGUUUAUGGAAGUCACAGUCAGACUUUGUCUAGAUGUUGUAAGGCGAGUGGACCUGCAUUGACCCACUUUAGGGCAAAAUUACAUCAUGCAGGUUUUUAACCACUUUCUUGCUGAGAGAAGCCAAGAAAGUGAUGGGAAAAGGCCAGUUAGGAAAGCUCUGAAGUGUGACAGCAAGCUUAGUCGGUGCACAGAAGACUUAUUUGGACAGAAUAAUUGAAGGCAAAAAGUAAAAAAAGGACAACCGCCUAGUAUUUAAAUGCAUACACCAUGGAAGAAACAUGCCGUUAAAUCAACAUGAAAAAGAAACAUAUGAGCACUGCUGCUACUUCAGACCUCUCAAACCCACUGCAUCCAGUGACUAGUAUCAGUGACUGCAUCCAUCCAGACAUAAAGACUUAAUGUGAGUUUAUCUCUAUUUUCACAUUUCAUUAAGUUUGUUUAUAUUUGUAAACUAUGUAAAGUAAACAUUUACAUGAGACGUGGCUUGUAUUUUUUUUUAAAGUUUGAAAAAGCUCACUGUGUUCGCUAUCUGUGAUCAAACUCUUUAAGAAAAUAUGUGAAUAUCCCGUUUUGAAGGUUACACCAUGAAAGCUGCGACGCUAUGUACAGUACUGUUCCACAUGCUAACCUUCUUGUAAAAACAUAAGUAUAAUGUGUAACAACUGUGUAGUUUUGUGACAUAAAAGAAAGUGUGCCAAUUUGUUAAAAGAAUAAAAGUCACGUUGGAAAUUUCCAAGUCUGACGAAUUAAUGAC